AUGACGACCUCCUCGGACGCACCGCUGGUGGUCUUCCCUUUUGGCGAGCCGGACCCCCGCCUUGAGGACUACCUCGACGACAAGCUGCAGUCCACGGCCGACCUCGACACGCUCGAUGCGCUGCUCCAGGGGGUGAACCUGCAGCAUGAUCAGCUGCAGACCCAACUUGACGAUGCUGCGCGUGCUUUGGAGGACGCCCGUGGCGCGGCUGCUUCGCAACGAAAUGCCUUCCAAGACGCUCUGGCCGAGUUUGACGGCCUCGAAGACGAUAUUAUGCGGCGCCUCGCUGUGGCUAACGCGGAAAACGCGGCGCCCGAGGCCGUUGUGCAGCGACUGACGGGGCCCAUGGAGCACCUCCAGCGCGUCACCCUGGCACACGACUACUUGGUGCUGCUACAAGACGUCGGUCAACUGGCCGACGCCGCUCGCGCUGCAUUGCCCGACCGGCCCAAGGACGCGCUGGAACCAUACACACGGCUGAGACGGCUGGCCACGCGUUUGGUGGAGUUGCAAGGCGCUGCGGCCGAUACGGGGGCACCGGCUGCGCAUCUGGUGGCCCAUGUGGGUUCCGUGGCGAAUGGGUUGUGGGCGGAAAUGAAUGCGACGAUGCGUAGCGAUUUUGCGGCAUUGCUCGAGAAGCGCGGCUGGCCCAGCGGCGUGGACGCGGCGAUUCCUGCAGACGAGACGUGGCGGGAUGGAUUUGGGAAGCUUGUCGAUCUUCAGGUGCCUGAGAUCCUCGAACGGUCCGCUGUUUUGUCGUCUUCUGCUUCCUCUUCCUCUUCCUCUUCCUCCUCUACCCAAAGCGAACCUCUCCCACUUUUACCCAUCGAUGUCAUGGCACAGAUCUUUAUCAAGGAGUUCCGAUACCAUUUCUUGACAGACGGCCGCCGGACAAGCGAACCUCGGCAGUUUGGCGACGUGUGCUGCCCCUGGUUUCUCGAGCGGGUCGAGACGUGGUCCGACUUUUUGCGGGCGAGUUUUGCGGACCUGUUGGCGGACCGCUUUGAAGGCACCGGCGCGGGAGAUAAGAUGGCCUACGUCGACCCUGUGUGCGCCCUGGUGGCUUCCCUGCUGCCAGUGAUGCGCGAAAAGGUGCAGCAGACGGUUGUCUAUGCCGUGGCACAGCUCCACCAGCAGAGACAGCAAUUGGAGCAGCAGCAAGGUGCCGACAUCGCGGGAUCUGCGCCCGUUCUCACGACACCCACAUUCCUGGGUAACCUGAUCGUGCAACUGCUUGCCUUUGAUGAGGAACUGCGGACGCGAUUUGGCUACGACGGUGGGUUGGGCAGCUCAUCAGCGUCGUCAGCUCGCUACUGGCCCGGCCUGGCAGGCGAACCCGGCGGCGUGCUCGACCUGCACUUCUCUCUGUGGCUGCAGGCCGAGAAGGAAUAUGCGCUCUCGCGGUACCGCGAGAUUGUAGAUGGCACAUCGCAGGCCGCGCUGGAUGCUCGCGCCACGAUUGACUACGAUUACAGUGGCGCCGGGCGGACAAAGCCGACCCUGGCUGCCGUGCACGUUGUCGACUUGCUGCGGGCAGUGUCGGGCCAGUACCGCUACUUGCGCAAGUUCCACCACCGCCUGCGAUUUUUGAUCGACAUUCAAAUCACGUUGCUCGACGCCUACGAUGAGCGUCUGCGCGGUUCGCUCGAGACGUACGCGUCCAUGACGUCGGCCGUCGGGCGCACGCUGCACGGCGUAACCAAGGAGCAGCUGGCGACUCUCGAGGGCACGGGCGGGCUCGAGGCGCUCUGCCGCGUGUUUGGCAGUGCGGACCACUUGAUAAACACGCUGCGUGAGUGGGCCAACGAGGAGUUCUUUGUCACACUCUACAACGAGCUGGAGACGCGGUCCAAAAAGGCCGAGCAGGCCGAGCGGGCCGGAGGGACGGGCCAGCUGGGUGGUGGCCUCAGCGUGAGCAAUGUGCGCGAUCGUACCGUAUCGUCGGCUGCUGUCGAUGGCGGCGCCCACAAGAACCACGGCGACGGCAACAUGGACGAGGACAACCUUUUUGACGGAACCAUUCAGGCGUUUAAGCAGCGGCGCAAGGCUGCACAGGACUUUCUCGUGUCGACACUGGCCGACUCGCACCGUAAGGCGUUCCGCCCAUACGUUCUGCGGACGCAGUGGACGACGGUCGCCGGGAAUGGCCGCGGAAGUAUCGACGACAGCAGCGACGCUUCUGCGACUGUAUCUAGUGCUGGCACAGUCAUCUCCCCGGGUGAUCUUGCCAUCACACCGGAACUUGACGAGCCUCUGCGCAUCAUCCGGCGCAACCUCGAGUUCCUGGCCCGUGCACUCGGCACGGUGCCGCUGCGGCGCGUUGUACGCGGUGCCUUUGAGAAGCUGCAAGACCAUCUCUGGGGCGAUGUGCUCAUGGCCAACAAGUUCACGACACUGGGCGCCGCACAGUUUGCGCGUGACAUCUCGGCCGUGGUCUCGACGGUGGAGCGACAGGUGCCUUUGGGAUCCACGGCACUCGAGGGCCUGCGUGAAGGCGUGGCGCUGUUGAACUUGCCUGUAUCGGUACCGGCCGACGCUAGCAGUGACGGCAGAGCUUCCGUCACUCUGCAGCAGGCUAAUGACCGCAUGUUUGUUGACAACACAGAAGCGAAAAAGCUGCUGCAAGAACUCCAGUUGACGACACUGACGCCUCCGACAGGACGAAAUAUUAUACAGCGGAGGAUCGAGAGUAGUGGAUGA